AUGCAUCCUUCUAGUCGUUCGAACCCUCCUUUUCGAGACAAGGAUCGUCCUCCACUGGUCUCUCUUCCUACUGCUUCCCAACAAGCUCUACCACAGGUUUUAGAUUUAAUUAUCCCACCAUGGAAGCAGUGGAAUUCCGUUGCCAUCAAUUUGUUGAACCUCCCACCUGAAGCCAAUGCAUACGUCCUGUGGAAGGCAUUCCAGAAGGAAGGGCCUAUCUUCUCUAUUGAUUUAUUUGAAGACAAUCACGGGAGGAGGGAGAAUAAGGGAAAGAUACGUUUCAAGCCACCCCCCAAGAGGGAUUUCUGGAGAAAUGGAAUAUAUGCGAUUACUUUGCCUAAUAAUCGCACUUGGUCGAUUCCACUUACCCUUGAUCCCAAGCGCGUGAAUUUAGAAGUCCCAAGUCCCGUCAAGGCACGUACGACUUAUCCGGCCGAAAUCCGAAUCCCCAUCCGUACCAUGGAUAUCGGGGUACAAGCGAACGAGACCUCAAUAGUUCCAAUGCAUACCGUUGGGACUGGGAUUGAUAAGCAUCCUUUCUUGGUGGUUGACUUGAAACGCAGAGUGCUGCAGGUCUACUUCCAACUCGCAAUUCACAAUCCACGGCAGAACCAGACCACUGCAGCAGUGUAUCAUGACUAUCGUCUUACAAUUACAUUCACACAGAUGACUAAGAUUUUUCAGACAUCUGACCCAGUGUCAAAAACCGUUUCCCACUUGACAUUCCUAGACGCUCCUCCCGUCUAUCAUCGUCGUAUCAAGAACAUUGCCAGCACUUUUACUGACGAGAACAGCUGGAGAGAAGGAGAUACUUGGUUUCGACAGACAGAUAUUGUCCAUCGGCCGGAAGAGCUGGCUGCACUACCAAUAGGCCUGCGGAAGUUCAAACCUUUGGUUGAUAUCGGUCGUUGGAAUUCCUUCAAUAUAACGUAUCCACCGAAUGUCGAUGCCAAUGGGAAAUUGGGUUUACUUUGUGACGUCCUGAAGGAUUUCAACAUCGCAAUCGAGCAUACAGAUCGCUUCAUACAAUGGGAUAAAGCUAAGAGACCACCCCCAGUGUGGAAGUGGAUAGACUAUUCUGAAAGUCGACCAUCAAACAAAGCUUCAUCUUCAUUGGCAGAUUUGAUUGAUGAGACUUAUAUCCCCCUCUCCUUCCCUGUCCGCUAUCAGUUGGAGGUCUGCAUUUCCAAUGGGUAUCUCUCCGAAUAUACGAUGACACGAGACUUCCUCGUCAGACUGAAUGAGAUGGGAGACCAGAAGGCUAGAAAGCUUUUGGAGCAUGUUGCGUUGAAGAAGCAAGUUUAUCAUGACCCUAUGAAGAUUUUCAAUCUCAUGUUCGUCAAAGGGGUCACGGAUGCUAAGAUCCCAGGAUACUGCUGUUAUAUGCGAUCUGCUAGAAUAACGCCAGGCACUAUCUAUUAUAAUACACCAUCUGUCGACAUCUCAAAUCGCGUUAUUCGCCAUUACAUUGAAUAUGCUGAUCAUUUCCUCCGCGUCCGAUUCACGGAUGAAAAGAUGUAUGGCCGAAUCAACUCCACCGAUAACAACACAAUGGAUGAGGUUUUCACCCGCAUCAAAAGGACUUUGGCAAACGGUAUUAUCAUCGGCGACAGGCACUACGAGUUUCUUGCAUUUGGAAACUCUCAAUUUCGCGAACAUGGAGCCUAUUUUUUUGCCCCUCUGCCAAAUCUCACGGCUGCCAACAUUCGAGCCUGGAUGGGCCAUUUCAAUGACAUACGAAACAUCGCCAAGCACGCUGCAAGAUUAGGGCAGUGCUUCUCAACGACUCGGGCAGUAACUGGUUGUCCUGUGCAAGUCCGUCAGAUCGAGGAUGUUGAACGCAACGGCUAUACUUUUUCUGAUGGUGUUGGCCGGAUUUCGAAGUUCCUUGCUCAAAUGGCAAUGUCGGAGCUCAAAAUCAAGACUUUUACUGGCAAAAUUCCUUCUGCAUUUCAAUUUCGUCUUGGGGGAUGCAAAGGAAUGCUCACUGUUUCACCCCAAGCCCAGCGCCAGGAAGUGCACAUCCGGCCGAGUCAGCACAAAUUUGCAGCCACACACAAUGGCCUUGAAAUCAUCCGUUGGUCCCAACUAUCUAUCGCAACUUUGAAUAGACAGCUCAUCAUAGUACUCUCCGCUCUGGGUAUUCCAGACAGGGUUUUCCAUACCAAAUUAAAAGCUAUGUUGACAAGUCUGGAUGAAGCAAUGAGAAGCGACCCACAGGCGAUUUACCUGCUGAAGAAGUAUGUGGAUCCGAACCAAAUGACUCUGAUAAUUAGUCAAAUGGUAUUGGAUGGUUUCAGGAAGUCCAAUGAACCAUUUCUGACAUCCAUUUUGACAUUGUGGAGGGCGUGGCAUUUGAAGUACCUCAAGGAAAAGGCAAGAAUUGCCAUUGAUCAAGGGGCAAACUUGCUUGGUUGCAUGGAUGAAACUGGUAUUUUGAAGGGAUAUUUUCACAGUUCCUUCCCAAGCAAGGAUGUCUCGUAUGAGGAUAAGCUAGCUGCACUGCCCGAAAUAUUCGUCCAGGUAUCUCGUCCUGAGAAAGGCGGGAAGCUUGAAGUGAUUGAAGGUCUAUGUAUCCUGGCUCGCAACCCGUCAUUGCAUCCCGGUGAUAUCCGCGUUGUACGGGCAGUCAACGUCCCGGAGCUACAUCAUCUGCAGGAUGUAGUCGUUUUCCCGCAGACCGGGGAUCGGGACAUAGCAAGCAUGUGUUCUGGUGGGGAUCUGGAUGGAGAUGAUUACCUUGUCAUCUGGGAUCCAGAUUUACUCCCAGAUGAUUGGUUCCGCACCCCGAUGACCUAUGCGAGCAACAAGGCCCGAGACCUAGAUAGGGACGUCACAGUCGACGAUAUCACCUCUUUUUUCGUGACAUAUAUGAAAAAUGAUUGUCUUCCUCGGAUCGCCCAUGCCCAUCUUGCCUGGGCAGAUCGCCUUGAAGAUAGCGUCAAUGAAGAGAAGUGUAUCCGUUUAGCACAACUACAUUCAGAUGCUGUGGACUACAAUAAAACAGGAAGGCCUGCUGUCAUGAACCGCAACUUGCAGCCGCGAAUGUGGCCCCAUUUUAUGGAAAAGAAACAUAAACCAAAGGAGCAAAUUUACCAUUCUCGAAAAAUCCUGGGUCAGCUCUACGAUGCGGUUGAACGUGUCGAUUUCAUCCCUAACCUUGAAAUGCCGUUUGAUACCCGAAUACUGGACUGCAGCCUAGAAGUCAGCAAGGAAUUGCUUCAGUAUGCAAGGGGUCUCAAAGUUGACUAUGACACGGCGAUGCGCAGGGUCAUGGCGCAAUAUGAGAUCAAAACGGAAUUCGAGGCAUGGUCCACCUUCGUCCUAAGCCAUGCCAACACGAGCAAGGAUUAUAAGUUGCACGAGGAACUAGGCAUGAUUUCGUCUUCUCUCAAGGAGGCAUUUCGGAAGGAAUGUUAUAAAAAGGUCGGAGGACGGAGUUUUCAACUGCUGGCUCCUUUAGCAGUCGCAAUGUACCGUGUUACCCAUGAAGAAAUGGCUGCGGCAUUUCGAAAGCAUCAAGAUGAACCCAUGAGCGUCAAGUCGACCCCGAAGAUUGAUCAACUGCCACUAAUUAGCUUCCCCUGGGUUUUGCCUCACAUUCUGGGGAAAAUCGCAAUGGGUCAUUAUGAAGUUCCAGAGCGGCCAGCAGGUGAAACUGACGGACCAGAGAAGCCCUCCGGUGUGCUGGAUGCAGGAAAUAGCGAUGUUCAUUUGGACGAUUCUGACGCCAGGGCCUUUCCGGCUUCCUCUCAGCUUCCUGCUCAAAACAUUAUCCAGGAGGAUCCAUUUGGUUUGUUUGAGGGCGAGUUACCGAUUCAACAUCUCUCCCCGCACAAAUCCAAUCUGAGAAUCAAUAUCGCACCUGUCAAUGAGGACAGUAGCAGUAUCAGAUCCCCGGAUCAGCUGCUCGACUUCGGCUUUUCCGGAAAAUCAAGUCAGUCAACAUCCAGAACUAGUUCACCAUCUACAGUUCCUAUGAAUCUGCUGGACCUUGAUGAUAUCCCUGAUGGCAACGGCAUCGAGAAAGAAACCGCCAAGGAUGACAUGGAUACAACUGACGUGAUGAGUAGUGAUGGCGGUCAUAAAAAGACAGAAGUCACAAAGAGUCUUGAAAUUGUUGAGGAAAAGGGGGGUCUGGAGCCCAAUGCCUUAGAUGCACUCAACGAGUUGCUCGGGACCUAAAGAAUACCCCAAAGUGUUCGCUUCCCAUUCUCAUUUCUCCAUUUUUAUGUGGGGUCGUCUUCCCAUAAAACGUGGAACGUCAACGAUGAACAUUCAUAUCAUCCACGCUUCUCACUACGGUUCGGUCAAUGAUUUCGAUGUUCUGUUAAGGCAUGGGCGCAACCCAAGGAAACUAUAUGCACAAUCUAACAUAGGCAACGGCCACUUGAUAACUGAUAAUAGAUUAAAUCAAGCCACACAUACAUAGCAUACAGGGUACAACUAUUCAAAGUUAUGGGUAGACACCGAGUGUCCUGACUCUGGAGUCCGUCCAUAGGUCAAGACCUUUGGCCUAGUAGUGUAUCUAGUAUUACUUCUUUCACCAGAACUUGAAUUUAUCCGGGUCAUUUAUUAUCGUUAUUGUACAUUUAUCUCGUAACACAUACAUCCAACUUAGCCAGCGAUGAUUCCAAAGAUGAUAUCAAUCAGACAGGGCCUUUAACUACCAAUCCAAGAGAUGACGAUUGCUUCUAUAUCGGAGGAAUUCGAUAACCGGAUCCAGAGAUGUCUUAGUGUACUCCCAUCUAGAGAUAUGCCUAGACCGCGAAUAGAAGAUAGGGCAGUCCUUGCUAUCGCAUUUGACGUCGUCGCUGAAUGGCACACCCGCACAAGAUCGGCAGACAUCGUGGAGGUCCUUGACAAGCCUCUCCUCUCGUUGCUGACGGGCGACAAGGUUCAACAAAGAAGUAUGCGGCUGAGCCAUGCAGUCGUUGCAAAUGGGGAUGUCGAUGUCCUCGAGUCUUUGGACUUUGCAGACAAUACAUGAGGAUGAUUUCAUGUAUGACUCUAGCGUCUUUUUGAGGUACUUUUUUGCUGUCGUCCUUCCGCCGCCGCCUCCUCCCCCUUCCUCUUCGCUAAUAGUGGUCGUGGUUGCGAUGGUGGUUGUGCCUUCCACACGACGGGCGCUAUAGAAUUUAGGCAUCUCGUCAUACCACUGACGGACGUUUGCACCGACGAGAUUGAAGAUCCGUUCAACUGGGGGGAUGAUAUUCUUGGUGAUAUAGUACUCAGAGUCGAGUUCGAUUUGGGCAUUGUGGAUGAGGGUUUCCGGGUCAACACAGCGAUCGACAAGUCUUGACCCAGGAGGGCCCGUGAUGACGACGUAAGGGACGCGUUCACCGUAUUGGGGCUCCGAACGAGGAUCCUCAAGCAUCUUCUUCGUGCUUAUCAUCGCUCCUGGGGGAAGUGGACCACGCUCGCUAUAUGCCCCAAGUCUUACUUCCCUCGCGAAACAGAAGUCCUGGAUGGGCACGUUUCCCCGCAUGAUCUUGGCGCAUUGGUUUUGAAAGUAGCAUUUGACUUGGCUAAGGUCUGUUGUUUUGAAGAGAAUCUUGAGCAUGUUUUCCUCGAUUUUCUGUUCCGCCGGUGUACCGUCACGCCGGACCGUUUCAAUCCCCUUCGCGUCAAAUUCAGGCUCUUUCUGAUUUCGAUGUUCAUACUUGAAGCCGACAUAUCGCUUCUUGGCAAGCAGAACGCAAGGAUGGUAUACUUUUUCGAAUUUCAACUUCACCGGACGAGGAUUCAUCUGAGUUAUAGCUUCCGCGAUCUCUUCGCCUAUAUCAAAGGCUUCUUCUCUGGUUCGUCCUUUGAGGUAAACGAAAAGACUGUCUGUGUCCCCAUAUACGACCUCGGCGCUCCAUCGAUCAUUUGAAUGGAUAAAGUCAAUGGCUUUCUCAAGGAUUUCCCGUCCGGAUUGGACAAUGCUGUCAGCAAUCUCCGAGCAAGGCAUACGGCCAGAGAAUGUCGCCGAGGUAUAACCGUAUGUCACGUUGGCAAUCAACUUGAGUGCAAGCUGUCUGUGGUUAAGAAGACGUUGCAAGAUCUUAUCAUCCUUGUCUGCCUUCAUGCCAGUUUUCAACAUAACACGAGUCUCAAGAAUCUCGGAGAGCAUCCUUGCAAGAAGCGACCUCCGUACCGCCGGCUUCGUGUACAUCAUUCCAUUUGGCGCGAUGUUUAUUUUGUCGCGGAGUAGCUCCAACAUCAGCGGUUGUCUUUUGUAAUCUGAAAACCCCAUUUUGUCCCGGCCCUUCCAGGAUGAAACCCUCCCGAGGAAAGUAGAAUAGCAGUAGUUAUAGGCGAUCAUGACACUUGGGUAUAACGACUGAAAAUCCAACACAAGGAGAGGACUUGUGUAGAAACCGCUCUGCGGCUCCAUAACCAACGGCAAGCAUUCGAGAGCAUUCUGCUGGCCUACCUGCUUCCUACUUGGGGAGGGCAGGAUAAAAUUCUCGGGCUUCGCGAUUCGAAACAUUAAGGAUUCGACCUUGAAUUGAGAGCCACGGGAGAAAACCGAGAGAAAAUCGAUGCCAAGCAAUCUGGCCUGCUCGCUUGUCCGCGAUAUCAACUCGUUCGAGUCGAGGAUUUUGAUGUCCAUUUGUACACGAGAGAGGAAGUAGUCGAUAACUUUGAACCGAUUUCGAAUGUUCCCACUUUGGUACCAAGAAGUAAGGCCUUGGAAUGAAUAGUGAGGGAUCCUGCGACGCAAGACAUGGAAGACAACGUUCUCCAUAGUGUACUGGAGUAGAUUCAACUCGCUCCUCAUAGCGCGCCAGAUGUUAAUCAUAUGUCGACCGACUAUCCGAAUAGAAGAUGAAUGGGUAAAGCCCCAGCGAUCUGAAUCCUUUCCAAACCUCCCUUGUGCCUUUGACUUGACCCUAGAUAGUUCAUUGCACAUAUCGUAAUCGUAUUGCUUUUUUGCCCUUUCAAUCAAGUAACCCCAAGAGCUACUGUGAACCUCAUAGCCUGUAAGGAUAUCUGGGUCGUAGAAUCUGACGAUUUCGACCAAUCUGGUAAACAAAUCCAGCUCAGUCGGUUCAUAUGCAAGGUCAAUUUUCAAUGUGUUAGAAGCUUUCACUUCUGGCCGGUCAUGAAAUAUCAUUCCCACACGAGACUUUGGGAUCUUGCCAUUGGUAGCAAUGUUUUCAUUUUCCGAGUGGAAGCACCAAAAAACACAUGUAACUUCAUCCUCCUCCGGAUUUGGCACAAGUACCCCCCGAGUAUUCACAUGGAUUUCCAAACUCAUUGUGCUCAUAUAGUGAACCUCAUGCUCGACACUCGUAGAUACUUUAUUCUGUGAGUGGGUAUCAUGGCCGCUAUUCUGGGUAAGGGCUUCUAUUUGCGAAAGUACACUAGGUUUUGUUCCCUGGUCGGCAUGCCUAUCCUUCGGGUUCAUGAUUUCAGCCUGCUUAAUGGUUUCAGGCUUUCGCUGCACAUUUUCAAACCAUUCUAUGACCUCAGAACGACUGGGUGGAACAGGAACAAACUCCCAUACCCGACGGUGUAGGGAUUCUCGUAAUUGCCUGUCUAGUUUUGCCUGGAUAUCUCGGUUAUUAGGCAUUGAAAGUUGAUCGUCAAGUGUUGUAAACGACCGUCCUGAUGGGUCGAAAUCUGGUAGAUAAU